AUGGCUCCUUAUGAGAUUCUUUAUGGGCACAAAUAUAGAUCUCCCUUGCACUGGGAUGAGGUUGGGGAGAAAUAUAUUUUAGGCCUUGAGGCGGUUAGGGAAGCCAGUGAAGUGAUUGACAAGAUUCUCCAAAGGAUGCUUACAGCUCAAGGUAGGAAAAAUAGCUAUGCCGACAUUAAGAUAAGGGAUAUCGAGUUUUCAGUUGGCGAGUUUGUAUUUAUGAGAGUGUCGCCAAUGAAUGGUGUUAUGUGUUUUAAGAAGAAAGGGAAAUUGAGCCUGAGAUUAAUAAGUCCAUUUGAGAUUUUGGAUAGAGUUGGGCAAGUUGAUUACCGUUUAGCAGUGCCCCCAACACAAGCCGAAACUCAUAACGUCUUUCAUAUCUUAAUGUUGCGUAAGUACGUGUCAGAUUCCUCUCAUGUUCUAAAUUACGAACCGUUACAGCUGAAGCAUGACCUGAGUUAUGAUGAAAAACCAGAGCAUAUUAUCAAAAAGGGAAUCAAGGAACUGAGAUCCAAAAGGAUUCUAGUAGUUAAGGUCUUGUGGAGGAAUAUCACGGAAGGAUAA